AUGUGGCUCCUUUGCACAAGAACGGCAGAACUCAAGUCCUUCGCUCGCCCUGAAGAUGUUCCCGGAGGAUACGCUAUCCUCUCUCAUGUUUGGGAACCGCCCGGAAAGGAAGACACAUUCCAGCGCAUUCUUGACCUCGAGAAGCAAGCUGAGUCUCCUCGCGACCUCGUGUCGCCCAAGAUUCGCCAGUUCCUCACCUUUGCCGAGAAGGACGGGUACUCAUGGGCCUGGGCCGACACGUGUUGCAUCGAUAAGGAAUCCAGCGCCCAGCUGACCGAGGCGAUCAACUCCAUGUUCCGCUACUACGCCCUCGCGGAUGUCUGCUACGCGUAUCUCAGCGAUGUUACCGCCGAGAAUUGGGACGUGAUGUCGCUGACGACUAUUGCGACGUUCUUCGAGACAAGCAAGUGGCACGGUCGCGGGUGGACACUUCAAGAGCUCAUCGCGCCGAAGACCGUCCUCUUCUUCGCUGUCGACUGGACCCCGCUGGGAACCAAGUUCGAGCUCGCCAAGUCCCUCGAGGCGGCCACCGGCAUUCCACAGGCGGUGCUUCGGAUGGAGAUGGACGUCACGGAAAUCAGCAUCGCCGCUCGGAUGUCUUGGGCUGCACGACGCAAGACGACGCGAGUGGAGGACGAGGCUUACAGCUUAUUUGGCUUGUUUGGCAUCAACUUGCCCACGCUGUACGGAGAAGGUCAGAAUGCUUUCUAUCGUCUGCAAGAGGGGAUCAUGAAGACGUCGGCCGACACUUCCUUGUUCGCUUGGGGGCCUGCAGCCUCGUCGAUGGACCUCAAGUUCGACAUCGACUUUCGUGUGAGGAGAAACCAAGCGGUUUCAAUAGCGAAGGAAGAUCCUAGAGUCCAUCUCUUCGCUCCCUCUCCCUCUCACUUUCGCGAUGCUGGCAACAUCAUGUCGCACACGCUGAGCCAUACAGUUGAUGGUUUUAGCGGGGUGGCCCAGGUGAGCAGUGUGCCAAUUGAAGCUUUGUCCCGGUCUAACAUCUGA